CGAGCCGUCACAGCCACCACUCGCCUUCCAUGGAGGUUCUCACCAAGUCGCUUGCCGUCGCUGGAGCCUUUGUCGCUGGAGCCGCCGCCGCGGGCGCACUGUACACUUACCUACACGGGCCGAAGCCGAUCGUCGAGAAGCCGACGGCCGAGCCGGUGCACGCACCCAACCUUCGCCUUCGCGGAGGCGGUGCCUCGGAUCCAGAGGGCGUGAUGAAGGUCAUAAUCAACUUUGCCGCCGCGCAGAGCAUUCGUGCGGUUCUUGGCAGCUUGGCCAUUGGAGCGUACAUCGUGGGGAAGCCGCUGAUACUCACGGUCCCUCCGGCGGACUGACUGCUUGGCUUCGCGAUCGACAUCUUCGUGGGCGCCACUUGCCUCCCGGUCGUGAACCUCGUCAAGACUAAGCCCACGCCCAAGACUUGGGGUCUGUUCUGCGCGUGGUGGGUCCUGAGCGGCACGGAUCACCUCGAGGCGGCAUGGCUCUCCUCCUCAGUCCCCUACGCGGCCGUCCCAUGGCUGGGCCUCACGAAAUCCACCUUCAUCCUCGUUCCGAGCUUCAUCUUUCUCGGGCACCUCGCACUCCUCCCGUCGCUGCUCUUUGGCAAGGAGUCGCUCGCAUACUUUGGCGUGAAAGACGAUUAGUUAGAUUAGGUGCUGGGCAGUGCUGCCUGCAGCUGCGCGUCGGUGCGCGGAUGUGCAUGUAGAGCUCUAGUCAACCCUUUUUCGGGUCAGCUGUAUCUUACUAUAAGCCAUGCCCAUGGCAGGGAGCACCAGCACCGAGUGUUUCCUGAGCAUGUGUCCCAGCAUGAUGAUGCUUCUUCCCUUGCGAACCCUGCAGCCUGCUUAGGCAUCUGUCUGAGCCGUCAUGCGCUAUGAAGGGGACGCGUAGCCUGUUUUGCGAGAUGCAAAACAGC